GCCCUAUUCAAUGGACAAUAUUCAUUUAUUUCUGUAUGCUCGAUAAUCGGACUCACCUACUACUAUACCAUAUAUAUGCAUCUGCAUCAGGCAAAGCCUACAAUGUCAAUAAACGGGAAAAAAUGGCCUGACGUUCUUACGAUAUGUGCCGCGCAAGUAUAAAAACCCUCGCGACUUUGACGCAUCGACAGGCGGUCACCUUCUCGAUUACAAUUAUGCAACUCUCGUUUAUCUUCGGGACACUUAUGUCCUUUGUCGCUAUUGCUGCUGCAUAUCCCUCACCAGACUUGGAGGCGAAACAAACUUCUUUGGCUAAGCGCGAAGGGCUUGACUUUGACCUCGCUCACCAGUUGGACGUUAGGGCGCCUGACGUUUCAGCGCCCAACGAUCCUGACGACCCUGUCAUGCCCAACGAUCCUUUCGAGUCUAAUUAAAAGGACCGAUGCAGGGCGACGAGCAGUGUGAGGAGUAACUACAUAUUACAAGGUGGACUGUGAGGCCUAGGGGUGCUACAAGGCGUCAGUCACUAACUACAGCUUCUGUUUGUAGAAUACUUUCUUUGCGCUUCGCUUCGUGUCUUGAACUUUCGAUCAAGCUUGGCACUUUGAAUCGAAUGAUGUCACUGGUCAAUCAGUCAUAUUCAAUAUCAGCCUGAAACUCGCAACAAACACCACAUAUUCUCCCCGAAUAGUUGGUAAACUCGGACAAUUGUAUCAAGAACGAUAUAAGAAUGAAGCAGUAAACUUCCUGAC